GACCCAUGGAGAAGCUCCCAGUCUCCGGUGGACAGUUCCGACGGCACCUCGCCGGAGAAUUAUAUUGUUUCCCCUACCUUUCCAGGGUCAUAUCAAUCCCAUGCUUCAGCUGGCAAACAUUCUUCACACUCAAGGUUUUAAAAUAACAAUCAUACACACUCAAUACAACUCUCCCAAUUAUUCAAACUAUCCUCACUUCACCUUUAGCUCCAUCUCCGACAACGGCUUUUCUGAGAUUAUAAAGCAGUUGUCAGUGAACUCAGACGCCAGCUAUUACCUUACACACCUUAAUAACAGCUGCGUAGAUCCGUUUAGGAACUGUCUGGCUGAGUUGUUGGCGACAUAUUCCGAUGAAGACCCGGUUGCUUGUCUAAUCACAGAUGCCGUAUUCUACUUCACGCAGGCGGUGGCCGACGCACUCAACAUCCCUCGCCUGGUGCUCCGAACAAGCAGUCUUGGUUGUGUCUUAGCUUAUGGCUUUCUACCCAUUUCAUUUGAAAAGGGUUACUUCAAUCUUCCAAAAGAAGAUUACGAGACAAGGGUAUCAGAAUUUCCACUUAUGAAAGUUAAAGACCUCGUAAAGAUCACAAUCAACCCACAAGGUAUGGUAGAUUUGGUUACCAAUAUGCUCAAUCAAAUGAAAGCAUCAUCAGGACUCAUUUGGAACACCUUUAAAGAACUCGAAGAAUCUACACUAGAAACCCUUUGUAAAGAUUAUCAAAUUCCAAGCUUCACUUUAGGCCCAUUUCACAAGUACUUCCCGGCAUCCAAUAGUAGCUUGAUUGAACAAGACCGGACCAUUCUCUCAUGGCUAGACAACCAAGCACCAAAAUCUGUGAUAUAUGUAAGUUUUGGGAGUGUUGCAAGUAUAACUGAGUCAGAAUUUCAAGAAGCAGCGCAUGGGUUAGCUAAUACCGGUUUACCAUUCUUGUGGGUGGUUCGACCUGGGGUCGUUUAUGGUUCAGAAUGGUUGGAGUCGUUGCCGGAAAAUUUUCUAGAAAGAGUUGGUGAUAAGGGACGUAUAGUGAAAUGGUCUCCUCAACAAGAAGUACUAGCUCAUCCAGCAACAGGGUGUUUCUGGACUCAUAAUGGAUGGAAUUCAACAUUAGAGAGCAUAUGUGAAGGAGUUCCUAUGGUUUGUUCUCCAUGUUUUGUCGACCAACCAAUAAAUGCAAGAUACGUGUGCGACAUUUGGAAGAUUGGCGUUUUGUUGGAGGAUGGGUUUGAAAGGGUAGGGAUUGAGACGACAAUCAAUAGAGUAAUGAUGGAUGAAGAAGGAGAAGAAAUCCGCAAGAGAAUAUGCUGUCUAAGGGAGAAGGUAAACCUCUCUCUAGAAAAAGGUGGCUCUUCUCAUCAGUCAUUAAAGAAUUUAGUUGAUUAUAUUCUAUCGUUGUAACUCAAAGAAAUCACUUCUAAACCGUAUGCAAAAUGAAUAAAAGAAAUUCACUAGAUCUUGUACCAACGCUCGUUCUAUUGGCAUUGAUGGCCUGUGGUUAAAUUAGACCGUAUUUUUAUUAAGCAUUGAACUUGAAUAAUAGUUUGUAUUUGUUUUCAAAUA